CUUCACUUUGAUUCUCUUGAAUUCAGAAUAUUGUUAUUGUUCUGCGGGUUGUUUUACUAAAAAGUCGGAGAAAAAUGAGUGAAGAGGAGGUAAUUGAUCUUUCAGGAGAUGGCGGUGUCACAAAAGUGAUAUUGGAAGUUGGCACUGGGUCUGAGCAGCCCUCAGCAGGUUGCAAAGUUCAGUUACACUACACCGGUUCGUUAACUGAUGGCACAGUCUUUGAUUCAAGCGUUGGUAGAGGGCCAUUUGAGUUCGACUUAGGGAAAGGUCAUGUAAUUAAAGCCUUUGAUAUGGGUGUUUCCAGUAUGAAAUUAAAUGAAAAAUGUAAAUUAACAUGCCAUCCCGAUUAUGCUUACGGAGCUGGAGGUAGUCCACCAAGUAUUCCACCGAAUGCUACUCUUAUUUUUGAGUUAGAAUUAUUGAAAUGGGAAGGGGAAGAUGUAAGUCCAGAACAAGAUCAUUCAAUUGAACGUUUUAUAAUUCAGAAUGGCAAAAAAAGAGGAACGCCGCAGGAAGGGGCCUUAGUAAAAGUUCACUUGAUUGGCAAAUACGCUGGGAAUGUGUUCGAGGAUCGUGAAGUUGAAUUCUGUUACGGUGAAGCCACAGGUUGUGGGGUAAUUGAAGGUAUUGAGCAUGGAAUCUCAAAAAUGACACUUAAUGAAACUUCUAGAUUAGUCAUACAACCGAAACAUGCUUUUGGUGAGGAAGGACAUAAAGAAUACAAUAUUCCACCAAACUCUGUAGUGGAAUACAUAGUAAAAGUUUUGAAUAUUGAAAAGCAAACAGUAGCUGAUUGGACCUUAACGCCAGAAGAAAAGAUUGAGCAAGCUAAUAAAUGGAAGGAUAAAGGUACAAUGUACUAUAAACAAAACCAAUACAAACUUGCUAUUAAAAUGUAUAGCAAAUGCCUUUCGUAUGCUAAAGAUGAUAGUCCAAAUGAAAUUAAGGAUGCUAUUAAGUUAGCUGCUCAUAAUAAUAUUGCCCUUUGCUGCCAAAAGCUACAUAAUGAAUUUGAAGGAAAACAAGCUUGUACGGAUGCUCUGACUUUGGAUCCGAACAAUAUAAAAGCUCUUUACCGACGUGGCCAGUGUAAUUUGGCUGUCAACGAGUUUCUUGAAGCAAUAACUGAUUUUAAAAAGGUUAUUGAACUGGAACCAAAUAACAAAGCUGCGCAUAAUCAGAUAAUUAUUUGUAACCAGCGCAUUAAGGAAGCCAAUGAACGAGAAAAGAAAAUAUAUAGUGGCAUGUUUGCCAAAUUCGCUGCUGUUGAUAAGACUUCACCAAUUGCUGAACCAGACGUUCUCGCAAAAUGCGGUGAGUGGACAGAUGAGGACGACAAACGUGAAGUUGAUUUGGCAUUUGAACGCGAUAAUAAUAUUGUUAUGAUCUAAUAAAAUCCUUCUUAUUUCUGAUCUGAUGAUUUUAAAUGUUUCAUGUCUAAUAAAAUGUAAAUUGAAUAUAUA